CAUGUUCACACAUCGCCGCUCGCGCUGCAGCAGCUCCCCCACACAGAAACUCGACUGAUCGCGUUGUACGGACCCUGCCCACGCCCUCAUUGAAUGCGGUGUACGCGAUCCUUGGUGUGCGAAUUUGCAGUCGUAAAUUAGUGCGCGCAGGAGGGGGGUGCGAGUAGUAGUACUAGGUGACGCUAACCUGCUUGCACUGCUUGCGCUCUUUCCGGUUUGCAGGGAGAGGCCAAAUACAUCUAGAUUCCGGGUUUCGGGUCUGUGGGGAGUGAGCAGCAGCCGUGGGGUUUGUUUCAUGUGUGCCUGUGGGGGAGUGUUGGCGCGUCGGCGUAUAUGUGAUGCGUCGAUGAUGCGUUUGAUGUGCUAGUGGUGGGGCGGGUUUAGUCAAUCUUGUAGAGGUUCUGGAGUUUUCUGGGGUCUCGGGGUCGUGCCGGAAGUCUGGUAUGGCAGGAGCGGUAUUGUAGUUUUUAAUUUUAGUUUUAAUUUAAUUUAUUUAUUUUCCGAAAGUGGGGUUGUGUUCCCGGAUUUCAAAUCGUCCCGUGUGAUCUUGCUUGAUUCCUUCCUGGCGAAGGUGCAUUGAGUGCUGCUUUGUCGCUGGUGUUGGGGUAUCUAGAGGCAAGGAGCAGCUCCAGGCGGUGAUUGUGGGCCUUGAUACUUGCAAUCGUGACUGUUGGAGCCGGGCUUCUUUGAAGUUUUUAUGCUAGUGAUUGCAGCGAAGCGGAUGCUUAUUGCUGAGUUAUAAGCUCAGGAACUGGUUGUGGUUGAGGGUCGAGUAUUCGUGACGCUAGCUCGUUCGUCGGCUGUUUCAGUGCUGUUGUGCGCAUCCCUUCUUGUCUAGUUCAACCCCUUGCGAUUACCUAUUCGCUUCCCGUGCUGAAAGAAAUUUCCUGAAGUGAAAUCUCCGUGUUCGUUAUGAGCGUGUGUUUCUGGAGGCUAUUCCUAAUAAUUCGGAGCUCUAACGCUGAGCGUUAGGUGAAUUGACAGGCGGGCGUAGUCAGCGCAUUAGCUAUCAUGUUUGGACGCCGUUGUCGUCUUUUUGACUUGGAAAGAAAGUAUUGCCACUAGUAUUGAAAGGAGAAGAGGCAUCUUUUCUCAGGGAGCAAGGCUACCUCAUGACGAGAAGAUUGUAAAUUGCAGUAGUUAGACGAAGCUGGUUCAGGAAAAUGGGCGCUACGUAGUUCGCUCUAAUUGCUACAUCCGCUCAUUCAUAAUAUCCGUCAGUUACUGUUUCCAUACCAGCUUAGCGCAUGCUUCAGGCCGGACAACCGUGAUUCAAUUAGUUUUUUGGCUCUGUACGUAGAUUGUUACAAUUGACACACAAUUACACAUCUUAUCCGGGGCAGGAUAGUUUACCCUUGCAACUGUGCUUUUGAAGAUCCGGCGCAGCGAACUGGUAGAAAUUUUACAACACGGCAUGUCGCUGUCUUUUAACAACUCAGAGGCGGGAUGCAUGCUGUUCUAUGACUGUCAUCGUUCGGUGCCAGCUCCCUUUCUCACCAAGACGUACCAUCUGGUGAGCGAUCCUUCAACAAACGAAAUUGUGUCGUGGGGCGAGGACGACACAACCUUCGUCGUUUGGCGCCCUCCUGAGUUUGCGAGAGAUCUCUUACCCAACUAUUUCAAACACAACAACUUUUCCAGCUUUGUGCGACAACUAAAUACUUAUGGAUUCAGGAAGGUGGUGCCCGACCGGUGGGAGUUCGCGAACGAUUUUUUCCGACGAGGAGAGCGGCACCUCCUUUGCGAGAUAUACAGGCGGAAGGCAUUGCAACCUGCUUCAUGCUCCGGAUCGGCAAAGCAAAGUCGCUCGCUGUCGCCGUCCACUUCUAUCGAGGAGCAAGCAUGGUCGCCGGUUUCUUCUCCAAUGUCGUCCCCAUUGCCCGUUAUUGUAGAAACCCAGCAUCUUACACCUCCGGUCAUGAGCAUCUCCGAUGAGAAUGAGAGGCUUCGAAAGGACAACAACCUGCUUCUCUCCGAGAUUUCUCGUCUUCGCCGCUUAUACGAAGAAACCAUCUACAUGAUCCAGCACCAGUUCAAAGGAUUAACCUCAGAUCUUACCAGCUUUACCAGCAGGAUUGGAGCCAGCAGCCAGUCUCUAGAUCAUUCAGUACCAUCUACAACAGUGUCUGGCGAUGCUGCAAUGCAACAUCGAAACUUGAAUCCAUUACCUCUAGCCUCAAGAAUGGAUUCUGAAAUCUACGAGCUCUCUGUCCAAGUUAGAACCACGCACCAGCAAUACUGUAAAGCCGGCCCCCACCCUGCCUUCGUAGAGAGGAGACCACAGGCAGAGAUCAUCAAUACUGUCGACUCAAAGCUCUUAACCGGCCCGAAGUUAACAACGGCUCAUGCGUUGUCAAACCCCAGCAAUAACCCUGUAAAGUUGUUCGGUGUCCCUUUGCAUAGCCAAGUUGCAGGCACGGAGCCAGUCAAGAUGAUCAGACGUGAACCAGUUGCAGUUGCUGCUGCCGGAAUGAAACGUUUGCAACCAGAUUCUUCUUGGGAUUCCGUUUCUGAUAUCAGCGAAAUGAACGUCCCUUUACGCGACCAGGUUUCCCUAAGACCUCCUCCUCGAAAGUGCCUGAGGCCGGAGUCAGAGUUGAGACCUUCCACUGUUCAGGCGCCGUGGCUGCAGAUUUGUGCCACCCGGGACGAAGGAGUGUACAUUUGAGAAAAUUAAUAUUUAAUAGCAUUGUGAGUUUAACCUUCCCAUAAAAUUUUCCUUUUACAUAACAUUUCCCUUAGUGAAGACAGAGGCAUGCAACAUCGAUCAACCAAUGUGCAGUUACAUAGUAUUAGAACUUUCCAUGAAUUUUCGAUCCUUCUCGCGGGUUUAGUUAGUGACAUGACUCUUGGUGCAUGACACAUCACGAGUUUGUAAAAUUUUGGAGGCUAAGGUCCGACACAAAUUGGAGCUUUCCCGUGCUUCUGCUGUUCUUACAGUUA